AAACGUCAAGUGAAGUGGUCAGUGCUAUGUCUAUUAAUAAUAUUUAUUUUUUCUGAAUAAUAUUUCAUAUCUUAAUAAAGCAUGUAAUAUUAAGUAAACAGUGGAAGAUAAAUAAGAAUUUUCUCAUCUAUGGGUAAAAUGACAAAUAUUUAACUUCUAAAAGAUAUGAAUUAGUAACCAAAUUUCCAGCAAUUAAUUCAUUAAUUUAAUAUUCAAACUGAUAUCGUUUAUGAAUAAGAAUGUGUACUAUUCCUCCUGCACCACCACCGCCACCACCAGCACCUUUUUGCCCAGAAGUGCAAUCUCCAUCAAAAUCACCAAGUAAUCCCAAGCCUGACACUUCAACUUCAAAAUUGAAAUAUCUAGACGUCUGUGAAUGGGCUACUAAUAGGCCAGAACUAUGGGAGGCUUGUGCAAAACACGACGUUUGUCAUUACCAAGCACCUUUCUAUUACAAAUAUACCGAAUUCCCGUCUAUACUACAGGUAGGGCCUACUUGUGGCCUGGUAGCUCUCUCAAUGAUUAUAAAUAAUGAAGUAACUCCUGAAGAAAUGCUAAAUAUUGCAAAGAUGGAGGGCUACACGAAUAACGGAGAGAUGUUUAGCUGUAAAAAUAUGAUUGAACUAACUAAAAAAGUAUUCAAUUUAGCUGAAAUAAAUGUUAGAUUUAGCCUGCAAUGUGGUGGGUUAUUUAGUAAAAUGACAAUUGAAAGGUUAUUAAAUGGUGCUGCUUUGCUUGUACCUUAUGAUGCAGAUUUCAACCACUCACCAUGUCUGAAGCGGGGUCACAAGGCUCAUUGGGCUCUAGUGUGUGGAAUAAUCAUUGUUAAUGACCCCGGCGAAAACUUUGACGACAUUGACAAUGUAUAUGUACUAUGUAAACAUGGGAAGUCCAGGUACUUAGCUGCGUGGAAGUUAUAUGAUCUAGAAAUGAGUAAUAAGAAUUUAUUUGAAUUCUCACCUCAGAGAGAGGGAGAUGGACUGAUGUAUAUACUCCCAGAAGGAGGUGUCGGAGGAGAGAAUGGAUUGCAGGACCAAUUUUUGAUGUUUGAAGGUUUCUAAUAUUACUCUAAAGUUGUUAUUUUUUUGUAUGUGGAUUUAAUUCACUGUUUAUGCUGUUAAUUAUUUUUAAAAAUCUAGCUAAUUGUAAAUUAUAUUCGAAGGUAAACUAAUAAUA